CCCAGCCAAUGCUGAGCUCAGUCUGCGUCUCAUCCUUCCGCGGGCGCCAGGGGUCCAGCAAACAGCAGCCGGUGUCGCCGCCGCAGCCGUCCGAGUCCCCGCUGCCGCUGCCCCCGCCGCCACCGCCACCGCCACCGCCGCUGCUGCAGCAGCAGCAGCAGCCUGCGCAGCCCGGCCCCGCCGCGUCCCCGGCGGGCCCCCCGGCACCCCGCGGGCCCGGGGGCCGGCGCGCCGAGCCAUGCCCCGGGCUGCCGGCGGCGGCCAUGGGGCGGCACGGCGGCGGCGGUGGCGACAGUGGCAAGAUCGUGAUCAACGUGGGCGGCGUGCGCCAUGAGACGUACCGCUCGACGCUGCGCACCCUGCCGGGGACGCGGCUGGCCGGCUUGACGGAGCCCGAGGCGGCGGCGCGCUUCGACUACGACCCGGGCGCCGACGAGUUCUUCUUUGACCGGCAUCCGGGUGUCUUCGCCUACGUGCUAAACUACUACCGCACUGGCAAGCUGCACUGCCCGGCCGACGUGUGCGGGCCGCUCUUCGAGGAGGAGCUCGGCUUUUGGGGCAUCGACGAGACCGACGUGGAGGCCUGCUGCUGGAUGACCUACCGGCAGCACCGGGACGCCGAGGAAGCGCUCGACUCUUUCGAGGCACCCGACCCCUCGGGCGCCGCCAACGCUGCCAACGCCGCGGGCGCCCAUGACGCGGGCCUGGACGACGAGGCGGGCGCGGGCGGCGGCGGCCUGGACGGCGCGGGCGGCGAGCUCAAGCGCCUCUGCUUCCAGGACGCUGGCGGCGGCGCCGGGGGCCCGCCAGGGGGCGCGGGCGGCACGUGGUGGCGCCGCUGGCAGCCCCGCGUGUGGGCGCUCUUCGAGGACCCCUACUCGUCGCGGGCCGCCAGGUAUGUGGCCUUCGCCUCCCUCUUCUUCAUCCUCAUCUCCAUCACCACCUUCUGCCUGGAGACCCACGAGGGUUUCAUCCACAUCAGCAACAAGACAGUGACGCAGGCCUCCCCGAUCCCUGGGGCUCCGCCGGAGAACAUCACCAAUGUGGAGGUGGAGACAGAGCCCUUCCUGACCUACGUGGAGGGUGUGUGCGUCGUCUGGUUCACCUUUGAGUUUCUCAUGCGCAUCACCUUCUGCCCAGACAAGGUGGAAUUUCUCAAGAGCAGCCUCAACAUCAUCGACUGUGUGGCCAUCCUGCCCUUCUAUCUGGAGGUGGGGCUCUCGGGCCUCAGUUCCAAGGCCGCCAAAGAUGUGCUGGGCUUCCUGCGGGUGGUCCGCUUUGUCCGGAUCCUGCGCAUCUUCAAGCUCACGCGGCACUUCGUGGGGCUGCGCGUGCUGGGCCACACUCUCCGCGCCAGCACCAAUGAGUUCCUGCUGCUUAUCAUCUUCCUGGCGCUCGGUGUGCUCAUCUUUGCCACUAUGAUCUACUAUGCUGAGCGCAUUGGCGCUGACCCCGAUGACAUCCUGGGCUCCAACCACACCUACUUCAAGAACAUCCCCAUCGGCUUCUGGUGGGCCGUGGUCACCAUGACAACCCUGGGCUACGGAGACAUGUACCCCAAGACGUGGUCAGGGAUGCUGGUGGGGGCGCUGUGUGCCCUGGCUGGGGUGCUCACCAUCGCCAUGCCCGUGCCCGUCAUUGUCAACAACUUUGGCAUGUACUAUUCGCUGGCCAUGGCCAAACAGAAGCUGCCCAAGAAGAAGAAUAAACAUAUCCCCCGGCCCCCGCAGCCCGGCUCGCCCAACUAUUGCAAGCCCGACCCACCGCCCCCGCCCCCGCCCCAUCCUCACCACAGCAGCGGCAGCGGCAGCCCUCCACCACCCAUCACCCCGCCCUCCAUGGGGGUGACUGUGGCAGGGGCCUACCCACCAGGGCCCCACACGCACCCCGGGCUGCUCAGGGGGGGGGCGGGGGGGCUCGGGGUCAUGGGGCUGCCUCCUCUGCCUGCCCCUGGGGAGCCUUGCCCGUUGGCUCAGGAGGAAGUGAUUGAGAUCAACCGGGCAGAUCCCCGCCCCAACGGGGACCCUGCAGCAGCUGCGCUUGCCCACGAGGACUGCCCAGCUAUUGACCAGCCCGCCAUGUCACCAGAAGACAAGAGCCCCAUCACCCCCGGGAGCCGGGGCCGCUACAGCCGGGACCGAGCCUGCUUCCUUCUCACUGACUAUGCCCCUUCCCCUGAUGGCUCCAUCCGGAAAGCCACUGGUGCUCCCCCACUGCCCCCCCAAGACUGGCGUAAGCCAGGCCCCCCAAGCUUCUUGCCCGACCUCAACGCCAACGCUGCAGCCUGGAUAUCCCCCUAGUGGACGAACCCCCUCCCCCCAGGGUUACGAGAAAUCCCGCAGCCUGAGCAGCAUCGCGGGCCUGAGCGGGGUGUCCCUGCGCCUCGCCCCCCUUGCCACUCCCCCUGGCUCUCCCAGGGCCGCCCGCCGCGCUCCCCCAACCCUGCCCUCCAUCCUCUAGCGCUCCCCUCCCCCCCGUGGGGGGACUCGGGGGUGAAAGGGAAGAAGGUCAAAGGAGCUGGGGGUGGGGGGUGGGGGAAAGGGUUAAAAAAAAAAUCAAACAGUCAUUAAUAAUAUGCAACCGAGACGAUGCCAGCAGACACCCCCGGGCCCCUCACCUCCACCUGGGCCCCUAGGAUGGAGGUGGGGAGGAGCCAAAGGCCAUUCCCCCAACUCUUCGCCCCUCCUGAAAAAAAGCCUUCUCAGGUCUCCAUGAGCCAUAGGAACCCCCCCACCCCCCCGCAAUCGACUCGUGUAAAUACGUCCAAAUUAUACCAAUUACAUUUUGGGGCGCCUCCCCUCUACUCUGCAUGCCUCCCCCAAACUGGAUCCCCGCCCUCUCCAACUCCACCUCAGCAAUAAGCCGCCAGGGGCUGCAUGCCGCGUGCGAGGGAAGGGGCAUUCUGGGAAGCGGGUGGGGACCUCCAUGGGGGUCGGGCUGGCCUUUAAGCUACCGGAGGGUCUCCUAGCCUCCUACCCUUCACCCCAGGAGGGCAACCCAUCACCAAAAAAAAAAAAAAAAAAAAAA